AUGAUUACUGUUCCGCAGUCUCUUUUUGCUCAUUGUGGUUGAACAUUUAUAGUGGAUAGUUUUGGAAAAAAAAUUUCAAUAAUGUCUGAUCCUGAUGGUUUUGUGGAUCCUGUGUGUGCCAUUGACGAUGGUCCCAGCAAAAAUGAGCUGAAGCGCCGGCUGAAAGCCGAGAAGCAAGCCCAAAAGAAGGCAGAGAAGCAGUCAGCGCAGACUGCUGAAGGAGGGGGAGAUAAAACAGCCGCGGCCAAACCGAAGCAAGAUGAUGAGGACAUUGACCCCACUGAAUAUUUCAAGAUGCGGACAAAGGCUGUGGCCGCCCUGAAAGAAUCUCCCAAUGAGGACCCGUACCCACACAAGUUCAAUGUAGAGAUUUCUCUGACAGAAUUCAUCGACAGAUACCAAAACAUUGAAGCUGGGAACAUUCUCGAGCAAGAACUAACAAUUGCAGGUCGAAUCUAUGCCAAGAGGAUAUCGGGAGCCAAACUCAUUUUCUACGAUCUUCGAGCAGAGUCUGUGAAAAUUCAAGUCAUGGCAAACGCAAAGUAUUAUGAAAGUGUUGAAGCCUUUGAAAAAACCAUAGAAAAGCUGAAGAGGGGUGACGUUAUAGGAAUUCGUGGAAAGCCAGGGAAGACAAAGACGGGAGAGCUGAGUAUUGUGCCCACCACCAUCACACUUCUCUCCCCGUGUCUGCGACAGUUGCCACAUUUGUACUACGGACUCAAGGAUAAGGAGACGAGAUACCGACAACGCUACCUGGACCUGCUGAUCAACGAGCCCGUCAGAGACAUCUUCAUCACCCGAGCCAGGAUCAUCAACUACGUGCGCCGCUUCUUUGAUGAUUUGGGAUUCUUGGAGGUGGAGACGCCGAUGAUGAGCAUGAUCCCUGGCGGAGCGACAGCCAAACCGUUCGUCACACACCACAAUGACCUCAACCAGGACCUCUACAUGCGUGUGGCGCCGGAACUUUACCUCAAGAUGUUGAUUGUUGGAGGUUUGGAUCGCGUUUAUGAGAUUGGGAAGCAGUUCCGUAACGAAGGCAUCGACCUGACCCAUAACCCUGAGUUCACCACGCUGGAGUUCUACAUGGCGUACGCUGACUACCAGGACUUGAUGCACAUGGCAGAGACUCUGCUCUCAGGCAUGGUGAAGCAGUUGACUGGAGGUUACAAAAUCACGUAUCACCCGGAGGGGCCGGAGGGUGAAGCUUUUGAGGUGGACUUCACCCCACCCUUCAAGAGGAUCCCCAUGAUUGCCACGCUGGAGAAGGAGAUGGGCGUGAAGUUUCCCGCCGCCACAGAGCUGCACACUGAGAGUGCCCGCAAGUUCCUUGAUGAGCUGGCAGUGAAGCACGGUGUGGAGUGUUCCCCUCCCAGAACAACAGCCAGACUGUUGGACAAGAUGGUUGGUGACUUUAUAGAAGAGAAGAUCAUCAGUCCCGCGUUCAUCACAGAACAUCCUGAGGUGAUGAGUCCCCUGGCCAAGUGGCACAGAGACUGUCCCGGUCUCACGGAGAGACUCGAGUGUUUUGUUAUGCGCAAAGAAAUCAUCAACGCCUACACGGAGUUGAACGACCCUGUGGUGCAGCGGGAAAGGUUCCAGCAGCAGGCCAAGGACAAGGCGGCCGGGGACGAUGAGGCUAUGUUUGUGGACGAGAACUUCUGCACGGCGCUGGAGUACGCCCUGCCGCCCACUGGCGGGUUUGGGAUGGGCAUCGACAGACUCACCAUGUUCCUCACCGACCAGAACAACAUCAAGGAGGUUCUGUUUUUCCCAGCAAUGCGACCGGAAGACAACCAGCCGCGGCAGGGUGGGGAGGAGGCGACGUCUGCCCCGGCCCCUGCCAAGUCAUAGCACCGGGCCACGUCUGCCGGUUUUAUUUUGUUUGUGUAGACUCACAAGUUGGGCUGGGCUGUUGCUGCCCACAUCUUGCAAACUGUCUUGUCCGAGUGAUGAGGUAUACAUGUUGUUAUUUAUUGAGAACGCUGGUGGUCCUAUGGGGUUUCUAUUUGCAUAAUUUUCUGUUUUAUUUUUUGAGCUAUCUAAAGAAAUUAAAAGAGUUAAUUGAAGUAGCCUAGUAGGCCUACAAAGGUUCGCACACAAAAGUUAGGACUGAGACCCGAGAAGGUGAUUCCCCCC